AAUCGAAUAGCAACCGAACAAGAGAAGCGCUUAGUACCUGAGCGUCUUUUGGAGAGGUCGCAUGUGUUUGUUAUUUCAAAAUGGUUGAUGGAUCUUGUAUAGAUAACGAAUUAUUAAUUUCCUUAGUGGAACAAAAGCCCAUUUUGUGGGACAAAACAAUGGAACAUUAUAAAAAUCGCGUCGCAACUCGAGCGGCUUGGAAGGAAAUCAUCAUAGUAAUUAAUCCAGAUUUCGAAAAAAAGGAAGUCAAAACAAGACAAGCUUUCGCGAAACUGAUUAUUCAGAGGUGGACUCAUAUAAGAGAUAAUUACAAUCGAUCAUAUAAAAAGAUACAAGAUCAGAAGAGGUCGGGAAGUGGCGCCAAAACAGCAAAACCUUAUGUUUAUAGUAAACAGUUAUCCUUUCUGCAGAAAAUAGUACAACCUAAAGAGACAAUAAGCAAUGACACUACCGAAAAUCACAACACAGAAACCGAAAAACAGAAAAAUAAUUCUGAAGGAAACGAAACAUUGGAAGCAAACUUUGUACAGACAUCAGAUAAUAUGGUAAAAAUGAGCCCAAUACCUAAAAGUAUUCAUAAAAGACCUAUGAAGAAUGCAGUUAAUCCUCUAGAUGCGAAGAUGAUGAAAUUUAUGGAUUCUUAUUCAUAUAAUGAAUCUAAAACAAUGAAUCGGCAUCUUUCAUUUUUUAAUGGGAUAAUACCAACAUUGGAUAAGUUUGAUGAUGAUGAAGUCCUCGAAUUCCAAAUGGGAGUGCUACAAUUAUUGAAAAAUAUUAAAAGCAGUCGCCGUCGGGAGUCGCCGUCGGAAAUCGUCGUCGUCUAUAGGCCUCCCAUGAAUUCAUAGAGGACAUUUUACUCAGGAAUACCAAAAUGAUACCACAAACUACAAAUUCCAUCCCUAUCAAGAUUCUCUUGUAAGUCCGGCCUCUGUCGAAUCCUCCGAUUCUAACUACACAGAAAUUUAUUUUAAUGACUUUGAAUUACUUUUAACUUAAAUAGAAAUUCAUUUUAAUAACCAGCUACAUUAAUAUAACUUUAAUAAUUUCAACCUG